AAUUGUACCAUAUAUUUUUCUUGGAUGCAUUUGUUAUGGAACUGACGCCAUGUUUUUAUCAGUCCAAGGAGAGUACGCCACUUACAUUGGAGCUCUUGUUGACAAUGCUGCCCAUGGGAUCAUUGCUUUCUUCAGUUGGUGUAUCGUUUGUGAGAUCCAUGUCCGAAGAGAUCUGAUCGACGGGGUUCUUUGUGGUGUCAUUGCUUGUGCGGUCGAUAUCGAUCAUUUUAUUGCAGCUAAAUCUUUCAAACUUCAGGAUGCCCUUCAACUUAACCACAGACCAUUUCUUCACACUAUGACAGUUGUCUUCAUUGUGGUGCCAAUAUUACAAGUGUGGCUUGCACAGAACAAUUACUUUCUUCGAUCCCUUCCAUACGUGUUUGCAGUCGCUGUUAUUUCACACCAUCUACGCGAUGGAAACAGGCGUGGCUUAUGGUUUUGGCCUCUUGGGAGUACUCCACCUGUACCGUACUGGAUAUACAUUUGUUGUACUGUAGCCCUACCCUUUAUUGUCAAAGAGACAAAAGCUAACAUUGACAAACUGACUGUUAUUCCUAUAGCGAAACAAAAUGCAGUCCUGCUGGAUGUAUGAAUAGUACCUGAAUAGAGAAAGUUAUCCAUUUUUUGUUAAAUAUAAGGAAAUACUGAGAGAUUUUAUUCAAAUGCUUAUUCUAUGACUUAAUAUAUCAGCUUGAGCAACUCAAAAGGGCUUAAACAAUAAAAAAGAGGGAGUUACUAGUUAAAAAAUUCUGGCAAUGACAGAAUGGCAUGUUGUUACUCAAUUAUGAAGGAUUUAAAAUUUACUUGUCUUGAAAUACUUUUAGCUUAUGUAGGCUCUAAAGUUAAAAGAACUUUGUGUUUUAUGAAUCAUAAUUGGUCAAAAAUUUUAACAGUCUACUGAGAAAUAACUUGCAUAUAACUGACAACUGAGAUUUGAGUUAGUGAAUAAAAAUAUGGGCCAAAUUUAAGCCUGCAAACAUGAGGUUGGCAGUUGAGGCACUUGGAUAAAUAAACUACUUGAGGGAAAUAAUCUAUCUUUCAUUUUAGUAUUUACAAGCCUCCUAUCUACCCCUUCCCAGGCUCUUUAUGCUCUUUUAUAACUAAUCAAUAUUGUCUUCCACUCAAUCUCAUUUCUUUAGUUUGUGCCAUUAAAUUUCUGGCAAAAUAGUCUGAUUUGAGUGCCUCAAAACAACUGAUGGGAAGUGUUUAUGAAGAAUAACACAUCUUUGACAUGAAACUAUACAUCAAAAGACAAGUUUGGAGAAUAUUACAGGUACAAUCAAGCAGUUGUGCCUUAAUCUUAUUCUUUAAGGUCAAGUGUACAGUAUCUCUGAGGAUAUCGUUGCUUGAUGAUUUGCAAGCGAGUUAAAGAAUGACCAUAAUUCAUAUGUCUAUAGAA